AUGUCCGUCGACAAGGAGGAACUGGUGCAACGCGCCAAGUUAGCGGAGCAGGCUGAACGAUACGACGACAUGGCGGCCGCAAUGAAAGAAGUUACGGAAACCGGCGUCGAACUCAGCAAUGAGGAAAGAAACCUUCUUUCUGUUGCUUAUAAAAACGUAGUGGGCGCCCGGCGGUCAUCAUGGCGAGUAAUCUCCUCCAUUGAACAGAAAACCGAAGGCUCAGAAAGAAAACAACAGAUGGCAAAAGAAUAUAGGGUUAAAGUAGAAAAAGAGCUCAGAGAAAUCUGCUACGACGUUUUGGGCUUACUUGAUAAACACCUUAUCCCUAAAGCUAGUAAUCCAGAAAGUAAAGUAUUUUACCUUAAAAUGAAGGGAGAUUACUACAGGUACCUAGCAGAAGUGGCCACAGGAGAAACCAGAAAUUCUGUUGUAGAGGAUUCACAGAAAGCAUACCAGGAUGCUUUUGAAAUCAGCAAGGCGAAAAUGCAGCCCACACACCCAAUAAGGCUCGGGUUGGCGUUAAAUUUCUCCGUGUUCUAUUAUGAGAUAUUAAAUUCACCCGACAAGGCGUGUCAGCUCGCCAAACAGGCAUUCGACGACGCGAUCGCCGAGCUGGACACACUAAACGAGGACUCUUACAAGGACUCUACGCUGAUCAUGCAGCUCCUGCGGGACAACCUGACGCUGUGGACGUCGGACACGCAGGGCGACGGCGACGAGCCGGCUGAGGGCGGCGACAACUAA